UCGAGAAAUAGGAAACCUCAAAAAUCUCAAUUAUUUGGACCUAUCAAGUAACAUGCUUUCAGGUUCAAUACCUACAACAAUUGGGAAUCUUAAGAAUCUCUAUGCAUUGGACCUGAGUAACAACAUCUUUAUUGGUUCAAUCCCUAUGGAAAUUGGAGAUAUGGAACAGCUGACGCUACUUAAUCUCAGCCACAACAAGCUAUAUGGUUCAAUACCUGUCCAAUUGGGGAAUCUCAAUUUCGCUAAUUACAUGGAAUUGGACUUCUCCUACAAUGAUUUAGAGGGUGUUGUUCCGGAUAAAAUAGCUUCUAAAACUCCACUGAAAGCAUGGGAGAAUAACAAAGGUUUGUGUAGUAAUUAUUGGGUUCCCCCAUGUAAAAGCAGUGGGACAAGGCCGAAAGUCAAGAUUUCUAUUAUUAUCUCUUUUUCUAGCACUAUAUUUGUUGUUGCACUUGUAAUUGUUGCUGUCUGGUUCUUCUUCAGGCAAAAGUCGAAAAAUCUCAACCCGGAUACAACAAAAGUACAAAAAAAUGGAGAUAUAUUUUCCAUAUGGAAUUACGAUGGGACGAUUGCAUAUAGUGACAUCAUGGAAGCCACGGAAGAAUUCGACGACAAAUAUUGCAUUGGCAUUGGAGGUUUUGGGAGUGUUUACAUAGCAAAGCUACCUCUAGGGAAAGUGGUAGCUGUAAAAAAGCUUCAUCGCCUAGAAACAGAAGAUAAAAGUUUUGAGAGGAGCUUCACUAAUGAGAUACACGUAUUAACAAGAAUACGACAUCGGAACAUUGUGAAACUUUAUGGGUUUUGUUCCCAUCCGAGGAGCAAAUUUUUAGUUUACGAAUACAUAGAAAGGGGAAGUUUAGCUUAUGCACUUGUAAAUGAAAAGGAAGCUGUGAAAUUGGAUUGGAAGAAACGCUUAAAUAUCAUCAAAGGGGUCGCUCACGCUUUGUCAUACUUGCAACAUGACUGCACACCGCCCUUAAUUCAUCGGGACAUAUCGAGCAAUAAUGUUUUGUUGGAUGCAGAUCUCGAGCCUCAUAUCUCCGACUUUGGUAUUGCUAAAUUUCUAAAUCCUGAUUCAUCCAACCACACUAUACUUGCAGGCACAUAUGGAUAUAUUGCUCCAGAGCUUGCUUAUACAACGACAGUGACGGAAAAAUGUGAUGUUUAUAGCUUUGGGGUACUAGCACUAGAGACAAUUAUGGGAAGGCAUCCAGGUGAAUUCAUCUCUUCGUUAUCAUUGCCAACUACGAAAGACAUAAUAUUAAAGGAUGUGUUAGACCUACGUCUCCCACUACCAACACAAUUGGUAGCAGAAGGUCUGACUUCCACAAUGAUGCUUGCAAUUGUAUGCUUGCACAUCAAUCCAAAAUAUCGUCCAACUAUGCAAUGCAUUUCUCAAGAACUAGAAAGUUGUACGAACCCUCGUUACAAUCCUUCUACAUAAUUUCAUUGUGGUUAUUAGGGAACCUCAAAAUGAAGUCAGAUUCAUAAAGUUUCAUGAGAGUUGAUCUUAUAUUGCUAAGGUGUCUUUCUUAUUAUUAAAAUAUUGUUAAUU